CCUCGUGACCGGCCAAUGAGCGGCUGCCACACUACAGAUCCGGCCUGUCUCCUGGAGGGGGCGGGACUUCCGGCUCCUCUUCAGCUUCCCGCUGAGGCGAGCGCGAGAGAAAGCGAAAGCCGCCGCCGCCACCGGACUGGCCUCUCCGCCGCCGCCUCCUCCUCCUCCUCCUCCUCGCCUCCUUUCGUCCGUCCGUCCGCCCGGUGGCUGGGCCUCAUGGAGGCGCUGCUCCUCGCCCUGCUCCUCGCCCUCGUGCCGCGGCCGGGACUCGCCUCAGACGUCCUCGAGCUCAGCGACGACGACUUCGACAGCGGCCUGGCCGACCGCAGCGUCGCCCUCGUCGAGUUCUACGCGCCCUGGUGUGGACACUGCAAACGCCUUGCUCCGGAGUACGAGUCUGCUGCCACCAGGCUAAAGGGAAUAGUUCCACUUGUGAAGGUUGAUUGUACAGCAAACUCAAACACCUGCAACAAGUAUGGAGUGAGCGGCUAUCCAACUCUCAAGAUCUUUAGGAAUGGCGAGGAGUCUGGUACCUACGAUGGACCAAGGACAGCUGAUGGAAUUGUGAGCCACCUGAAGAAACAGGCAGGGCCUGCCUCAGUUGCUCUCCGCUCUGAGACCUUUGAGAAAUUCAUUGGUGAAAAGGAUGCUGCUGUUGUAGGCUUCUUCAAGGAGCUGUUUGGGGAUGCACAUUCAGAGUACAUGAAAGCAGCAAGCAACUUGCGAGACCAUUACCGCUUUGGGCACACCAGUGAUGAGGAGCUAAUUAAGAAAUAUGAGCCAGAUGGCGAAGGCAUCAUCCUGUUCCGUCCCCCACACCUGACAAACAAGUUUGAGGACAACUCUGUGCGAUACACAGAGGACAAGAUCACUACUGGCAAGAUCAAGAAGUUCCUUCAGGAGAACAUCUUUGGCAUCUGCCCACACAUGACUGAAGACAACAAAGAACUGAUCCAAGGGAAGGAUCUGCUGGUGGCUUAUUAUGAUGUGGACUAUGAAAAGAAUCCCAAGGGCUCCAACUACUGGCGCAACAGAGUGAUGAAAGUGGCCCAGAGUUUCCUGGAUGCUGGACACAAGCUCAACUUUGCUGUUGCUGAUAGGAAGGCUUUUGGCCAUGAGCUCUCUGAGCUUGGAUUGGAUGGAUCUACUGGUGAUGUUCCUGUUGUUGGUGUCAGGACAGCCAAAGGGGAGAAGUUUGCCAUGCAGGAGGAAUUCUCACGUGAUGGGAAGGCCUUGGAGAGAUUCCUUCAGGAUUAUUUUGAUGGAAAGCUGAAGAGAUACCUGAAAUCAGAGUCUAUCCCAGAGAACAACGAUGGGCCUGUGAAGGUGGUUGUGGCUGAGAACUUUGAUGAAAUUGUGAAUGCAGAGGGCAAGGAUGUGCUUGUGGAGUUCUAUGCACCGUGGUGUGGCCACUGCAAGAAUCUGGAACCCAAAUACAAGGAGCUUGGAGAGAAGCUCAGCAAAGAUCCCAACAUCAUUAUAGCCAAGAUGGAUGCCACAGCCAAUGAUGUGCCUUCUCCCUAUGAAGUCCGAGGCUUCCCUACAAUUUACUUUUCACCUGCGGGGAGCAAGCAAAGUCCAAAGAAAUACGAGGGGGGGCGUGAGGUGAGUGACUUCAUCAGCUACCUGAAGCGGGAGGCCGCGUACCCACCCAUUGUACAGGAGGAUGAAAAACCCAAGAAAAAGAAGAAGGUGCCCAAGGAGGAUCUGUGAGGGGGUAGGGUACCUUGGCAUCAUCCUCUUCUUCCUCCUCCUCAUCUGCAGAGGAGCCCUGAAGCCGCUCCUGGAGGCAAGGGCCCUGUGGUGCAGUAAAAGUUGUUGGAAAGUAAAGCCACUUGGGGCAGAGGGGACCCAGCUGCUGCUGUUCUGUUUAAUUUCCUGCCCCCUUCUCUCUUAGCUGCACUUACCAUGGAUGCCCUGGACUGGCUGAUAUUUGUGGGUGGGGAUGGGGAGGGUUUGUUUUAUAUUUUUUUGUACAUUUGGAGAAGUGAAUCAAUAAAUGACCCCCUUAGGCCCCAAGGUGCCUUUGCGUGAUGAUGGGAGCAGAGACUUGGGCCUGUUGCUGAAAAGUCAA